AAAAUGUUCUGUAAAAUAUUAAAUAUAGCUCAUGUAGCGUAUAUUACGUGAAGUACCUAAUUGCUAUUUAACGCUCGCCGAUCACGGGUGUGACAAUUAUUUUCGUGGAUGGCUCACCUACGUUGCAGAAUUUUGUGAUUACAUUAUGUGUCACAUGUAAUGAGUGAUAAGCAAAGUGCACCUAUUUUGCCGCCCCUUUCCGGGGGUGGAGGAAAUAAUGGGGGAAACAAUGGUGGUGCAACACAACAAACUGUCAGUCUCCAGCAAGUUCUGGCUACAGCCCAAGGGCUCAAUGUACUCACUACUGGUGGUGGCCAGCAGUUUGUUAUUACUUCACAAGUUCCCGGCCUUACACAGGUUAUUACAAGUAGUGCUACGACCAAUACAAAUGUUCAGCAAGUUGGUGUUACGAGGAUUGUUAAUAUUAGUAACACAACACCUCGUGUUAGCACUGUGGGAGUUCCAAGUGCAAGUAGUACGCCUCUCACAUCACCUUCUCGCCAAACUUCGACAAAGGUUGUAUUGGCGACUUCACCUAAACUUGUGCGAACUUCUAUGGGGAACAUGUUUAUUGCACCUUCUUCCCAAGUUUCAAUGCAGUCACCACCAGCGAGGAAAAGAUUAAAACUUACAGAAAAUACGGAGAAAGUAACUGCUACUGCAGAUGAUGGUAUGAGUUAUAGGAAACGUAUUAUUGAACACAAAAUGAAGAGAAUGAGAGCAAUAAGAGAAAAAUAUGCUGAGAACGCUUCAGAAUUGUUCUUCCUUCAUGCUGGUGGAAAUAUGAUGGAUUUUCAAGCUUGGAAAAAACGUCCACCUACAUCACAGUAUUUACAUUUUUUAAGGCAACAUAGAUUAGAUCCAGAUGAUGAUGAUGAAGAUUUAACAGUUCCAUUACCAUCAAUACGAGAAAUUCCAUUAUCUCCUGUAACGACAUCUGCUUCAACUACAGUUCCUACGAAUCAGAACGCAGAAGUGAAAAUUUCUGGAGUUGGUGUGACUCCAGUUGCAGUAUCUACAACUUUACCUGCCGCUGUUGCUCAACUUAGUCAACAAGGACAAGUACCAGGUAGGCCUCAAGGGGGCCGCCAUGGCAUGGUGUUUGCCUUCCGAGCAGCAAUACAGUCUUCACCAGUCACCGUUCACCCUCCACCUACUUCUACUCUAGCACCCACGCUCAUUAUAGGUGGAACUCCAUUAGUCCCAGAGAUGCCAAAACAUACAACUCCUACGAAUCCAGUUUCAGAGAAAACACCUACUACUCCGGUUGUAACAAAAGCUCCUAGCCCAUCUAGAAGUACUUCUCAACCUGUUGUUAAGCUUAUGAAAUUAUCUACUACUUCUGCAGUUUCAAGUGAUAUUACGAAUAAUCAAGAACAAAUAGUAGAAAAAGCAAAACAAGAAGCAUACGUAAUGCAAAAGAUUGCGGAAUUACAACGAGAUGGACUGUGGUCUGAAAGAAGAUUACCAAAGGUACAGGAGCCUGCAAGAACAAAGGCUCAUUGGGAUUAUUUAUUGGAGGAAAUGGUUUGGCUAGCUGCUGAUUUUGCGCAAGAAAGAAAAUGGAAGAAAGCCGCUGCGAAAAAAUGUGCGCGUAUGGUGCAAAAACAUUUUCAAGAAAAAGCUAUUCAAGCUCAAAAAGCUGAAAAGUCUCAAGAACUUAGACUCAAAAAAAUUGCCAGUUUUGUUGCAAAAGAAAUUAAAACUUUUUGGGCUAAUGUAGAAAAGCUGGUGGAGUACAAACAGCAAACAAGGCUAGAAGAGAAAAGAAAAAAGGCAUUAGAUCAGCAUUUAAAUUUCAUUGUAGGGCAAACAGAAAAAUAUUCAACAUGGUUAACUGAAGGUCUUAAUAAAACAGAUGGCUCUCAGAGUAUCCCAGCUUCAAUAAAUAGUUCACGUAUUUCCUCGCCAGUACCAACUGGAAAAUCUCCUUCUGAUGAAGAAUUUCAGCCAAAUCAAAGUUCAGAUGACGACGAAGAAACAAUAGCUAAAGCCGAAGAAGAAAUGAAAUCAACUACAGAUCAAAAAGAAGAAAUAGAAUUAUUAAAAAAAGAAUCAGAAAUGCCUUUGGAAGAUCUUCUGAAAGAUCUACCACCAAAUUAUUUAGAAGAAAGAAAUAAAAGCUUAUCACCUAGUGGAAAAGAAGUUAAAGAAGCGGAAAAUGAAAAAAGUUCGGAUAAAGAUACUGAUUUUGUUGCUGCAUCGGAUGAGUCUUCUGAUGAAGAAGAUACUAUAAUGGAACAGGAGAAAAUGGAAGGAAACACAGAUCACAGACAGGAAUUGGAUGAUCUCAAGGCAGAGAAUGAAAUGUCUAUUGAUGAACUUAUGGCAAAAUAUGGUAAUAUGUCGAAUGUACCAAUGGAUGUGGAAGAAGAUGAUGAUGCUCAAGAGUCUGAUAAAGAAACUGACCAAGAAAAAACUCAGGAGAACGAAGAACAAGUAACUAGCAGUGAAAGUGAAAGUGAAGAAAGUGAUGAAGCUGAAGAUUCACAAAUGCAUAGUGAUACAGAAACAGAUGUAGGCCUAAAAUCUUUACUGGAAGAACCAUCUACUGAGAAACCGAGUGAAAAUAAGACUUCAGAAGCAGAUCACGUGGAAGAUGCUCAUAAUGAAAUGGACAAUGUAGCAGCUUUAGCAGAAAGCAUACAACCUAAAGGAAAUACUUUGCUUACUACUUGUGUUGUUACAAAAAUCCCGUUUCUUUUAAAACAUUCACUUCGAGAGUAUCAACAUAUUGGGUUGGAUUGGCUUGUAACAAUGUAUGAUAGAAAGUUGAAUGGUAUUUUAGCCGAUGAAAUGGGUUUGGGAAAAACUAUACAGACAAUAGCAUUAUUAGCACAUUUGGCUUGCGAAAAGGGUAACUGGGGUCCUCAUCUUAUAAUAGUACCAACAUCUGUAAUGCUUAAUUGGGAAAUGGAAUGUAAAAAGUGGUGUCCAGGAUUUAAAAUAUUAACGUACUAUGGCACACAAAAAGAGAGAAAACAAAAGAGGACAGGAUGGACCAAACCAAACGCUUUUCACAUAUGCAUUACAUCUUACAAACUUGUCAUACAAGAUCAUCAAAGUUUUAGAAGAAAAAAAUGGAAAUACCUCAUUUUAGACGAAGCUCAAAAUAUAAAAAAUUUUAAGUCACAAAGAUGGCAAUUGCUAUUAAAUUUUCAAACUCAACGGCGAUUGCUACUAACAGGAACCCCUCUUCAAAAUAAUUUGAUGGAAUUAUGGUCUUUAAUGCAUUUUUUAAUGCCAAAUGUGUUUCAAUCCCAUAGAGAAUUUAAAGAGUGGUUCAGUAAUCCAGUUACAGGAAUGAUUGAAGGAAACAGCGAGUACAACGAGAAAAUUAUUCGUCGUCUACACAAGGUACUAAGACCGUUUCUUUUAAGGAGAUUAAAAACUGAGGUGGAGAAACAAUUGCCAAAGAAGUAUGAGCAUGUUGUUAUGUGUCGAUUGUCCAAAAGACAAAGAUACUUGUAUGAUGAUUUCAUGUCUCGGGCCAAGACGAAGGAAACUUUGGCUAGUGGAAAUCUGUUAAGUGUAAUCAACGUAUUAAUGCAAUUGCGCAAAGUCUGUAACCAUCCAAACUUAUUUGAAGUCCGACCUACAGUCUCUCCGUUUCAAAUGGAAGCAAUAGAAUUUAUUACAGCUUCUUUAGUAUGGAGUGUUCUUGAUUAUGAUCCAUUUAAACAUAUUGAUCUGUCUACCUUAAAUCUGUUAUUGUUAGACUCGGAAUUUACAUUAACAGCAUUUGGAGCACAUAGAAUAAAACGCUUAAAAACUUCUAGAAAACUAAUAGAAGAAAUAGAUAAUCAGCCAGAUCCACCUCCUAGAUGUCCUUCUGGAAAAAUAAAAAUUAAUGUCAGAUUAUCAAAUCAAGUCAAACCAUCGUCAGCUCCACAGCCAGCUCAAACUAAAGUUAAAAGUUUAGCUGGUAUAUUACCGACUCCAAGAGUUGGCACGUCACCAUUAAUUAAAUCUUUCAACAAUCAAAGUACUCCAGGUCAAGGUGUAACAUUACGAGUAGCAGGUGGUCAACAGUUGCAAGGAUACUCUGUGCAAUUGGUGCAGCAUCAAGGCAGUGUAAAAGCUAUACCUGUUGGAACAUUGGCACAUAAUUCACAAAGUACAACGAUUACAUCAACAACAGCAUCUAUGAAUGCACAGAGAAUUACAGUUGGGAAUGCAAAUAUUCGAGAUGGACUGCAAAGGUUGGCUACACAGACAGUUACAGUCAAACAAGGUGAUUCCGUCCAGAGAAUACCAGUGCCCGGUUUUGCACAGCUGGUUCAAACCUCUACUGGUAGACAUAUCAUUUUGACUUCAAAUCAACAAAAUACUAACACAGUUUCAUUUCCGGUAAUGACACCGACUGGACAACGAUUAACAGUACUAUCUAAAUCUUUAAUGGGCCUAGCUACUUCUGCGACCACAGUAAAUAAAGUCGUUGGAGGAGUCGUUACUACGACUACGAGUGGAACUAGUGGGAGACCAGUAAUGAGGGUUCCACCCUUGAAUGUUACUGGAUCACAGGCACAGUCUACUGCUGGUAAUGGGCAACCUACUCAUCAACAAACUUUACGCUGUGGUAUUAUUACGAGGCAUACGCUAAAGGAAUCUGAAAAGACUCAAGCAAAGGAACAGCCUAAAUCAGAAUUUCAUUUGCCACAAUUGGAAGAAGAACGAAAGCAAAGGAGACAAGGAAAACUUCGUUCAUUGGCAAACAUUAACGAAGGUCGAUGUGCAGCGUGUCCAUUAUACGGUGAAGAUUUAUUUACUGCAUUAAGAAUUGGAAAACCAUCCACAGCCUGCUCUUGGCAUAAUGGUCUUGUAAAUUGCAAAACUGCUAAAAUACCUGUUCGUACACGGAAGCAAUUUUUCUCCUGUACAGAAGCAUUAGCAGAAGCAAUAAAAAGUACUGAACGAAUUGUUGAAGAGCUUAAAGAAGUUUUUGAGAGAUUUGUUGUUUACGUUCCUGCUGUACGUGCACCAGUACCGCGCUUCCAUGUUUCUCAUCCACCGCCGCAUAAGCUUUGGAAUCAGCGUCGUAUGCAGAUAGAAUUGCAACGCGAGUUGUCACCAAAAAUGCAAUUAUUCCAUCCGGUGACUAGGUCGAUGAUGACACAAUUCCCUGAACCUAGAUUAAUACAAUACGAUUGUGGUAAACUACAGUCCUUGGAUCUUCUUCUUAGAAAAUUGAAGUCUGAAAAUCAUAGAGUUCUCAUUUUCACUCAAAUGACUAGGAUGUUAGAUGUACUCGAAGCUUUUCUUAAUUUCCAUGGUCAUAUAUACUUGCGUUUAGACGGCACUACUAGAGUAGAUCAACGGCAGGUUCUAAUGGAAAGAUUUAAUGGCGACAAACGAAUAUUUUGUUUUAUACUAUCUACAAGAUCUGGUGGAGUCGGUGUGAAUUUAACAGGAGCAGAUACAGUCAUAUUUUAUGAUAGUGACUGGAAUCCUACAAUGGAUGCUCAGGCACAAGAUAGGUGUCAUAGAAUAGGUCAAACGCGCGACGUACAUAUCUACAGAUUGGUAAGCGAAAAAACUGUAGAAGAAAAUAUUUUGAAGAAAGCUAAUCAAAAAAGAUUACUUGGAGAUCUUGCUAUCGAAGGUGGAAACUUUACAACAGCUUACUUUAAGAGUUCUACUAUUCAAGAUCUCUUUAACAUCGAUCAAUCUGAAAAUGAUGCAUCAACCAGGAUGGCAGAAGUACUUGAACACGUUGAAGAUAAAGUGGCAAUGGGUGCUCUUGAAAGUGCUCUUGCAGCUGCGGAAGAAGAUCUCGAUGUUCAGGCAGCUAAAAUAGCAAAAGCUGAGGCAGUUGCUGAUUUAGCAGAGUUCGACGAGAAUAUUCCUUUAGAUGAUGUAGAUAAAGAAGACGUUCAAGUUAGCAAGGCGGAACAAGAAGUACAGAAUUUAGUGUCUCAGUUAACGCCAAUUGAACGAUAUGCGAUGAAGUUCGUGGAAGAGUCUGAAGGUGCGUUUUCAGCCGCACAAUUGGCGGCCGCCGAACGUGAACUCGAAGAACAGAAGAAAGAAUGGGAAAUGGAUCGUUUGCGUGCACUUCGCGAGGAAGAGGAAAGACGUAUGCGACUGGCUGAUGAUGACGAGAAACCUCUGACCUUUGGACGUGAGGACGCGCAGAAUCAGGUUAAUAGUGCUAAUAAUUCAAAGAAAUUAGUUAGUAAGAAAGUUCGGCAAGGUAGUAGUGGUGGUAAUAGGAGGAGGAGGAGGAGAGGUUCGCGCAAGCGAAAUAGUAGAAGUACUCGGGAAUCUUCUGAGAGUGAAACAGAUACUACAACAGAAUCUGAUUCGGAUUCUCAGGAGGAAGAUGUUGUUGAGGAUAGUCUCGAUGAGGAGUCAAGUCAUACAGAAAGUCAGAGUCAAGGUGACGAAGAGGACGAAGAGGAAGAGACUGAUAAUCGUAAUGAUUCAGAACGAGGAUCUUAUCCUAAACGUAAUAAUCGUUCGAACAAACCUUGUGAUCAAAAUCAUUUCGAUUUAAACAGUCCACGAACUAGAUCUAGGGGGAACGUUAAGAUUAAUUUGUGGACGUUAGAUGUGAGUCCGAUUCUUCCUGGAGUUAAGCCAAAGUGUCGACGUAGGUCUAGCAAAAGAAAAAAGAUUGAUCUUAAAGGGAAUGAAGCGACCGCUACUAUCUCUGCCUCCUCUUUGUCACAGAUUGAAAAUGACUUGAAUACGACUGGAAAAUCAAAUGAUUCUGACGAAGAUGACGAUAGGGUUAAACCAACUAAAGCUAUUGAGGAGAGUUAUAAAAAGACUACCAUUAAUUGUGAAGAGAAUUCUUCUUCGAAUCUUUCGUGUCAAUUGCAAAUUGAUAAAAAUUCUAUAAAAUUUCACAAUAAAGGCAACAGCAGCACGACAGACGUCGUUAAGUGUUCCGAAUUUUCGGAAACUGAGAUAUACGUUAAAUCUGACGAUACGAAAUCGGCAUCUGUAAUUUCUUCGAAUAUCGAAGAUACGAUUUCCCAAAUAAAUAAAUGUAAUGUGGUUUCCGAAAAAUGUUUUAAAUCAACAAUUAAAAUACUCGCUAAUAAUGAAACUGCUGGUGAAGAAGCUUCUUCUCUUCAGUCUUCAUCUUCAUCAAUAAAACGUUUUGACGUCACAACGACAGUUUCUGAAGUUAAAUUAGAAUUAGAUGAUAUUACAACUAGCGUGGAUAAUAAUAAAAAUUCGGAGCCUUCUGAAAUAAAUUUUAAAUCGGAAAAAGCUAAUUCUUUAUUGAAUAAAAUUAAUAAGUCUAUUGAUAAUGUAAAACAUAAUCAAGACAAAGUAGAGAAUAAAAAUCCCAUCAAUGAGAGUAGUGAAUCUUCUGAAAAUGUUGAAGAAAAUCCAAUUAGAAACAAUGUAAAAGAAAUUUUAGAACCCAUUAAUGAACCAGUCAUUUCUAAAAUUUUAAUUGAAGAAACUACUGAUAAAUCAAAUUUUUCAGAAUCCAAUUCUUCGUCAAUGUAUUUAAGCAGUGAUGAUAAAUCAACAUGUCCAAUGUCUAACUCUAAUUCAAAAUCUACAUUAUUUGCAUACUCGCUUUCUUCGUAUGAAAAUAUACAAAAUGAAAAUAGUACUGAUCCUGUAACUGUAGAUAAUAAUGAAACUAAAAUUGAUUCUCGCAUAGAUUUAAAAGAAUCUAAUUCAUCUUCAUUAGAUGAGCACAGAAGUGUCGAUUCAGAUACAACGUUUCAAAGUAUCGAUAAUUCUUCAGUGGAAACUGAAGAUUUAAUUAAUGAAUCAGUUACAGAAAAUUCUGUGAUAUCAAUUGAUACUAGUCAAAAAUUUACUACCGAAAUUGCCAAGAAUCAGGUUACUGAAGAUGACGAUCAACUAGAACUGUCUUCUACAGUUAGUACGUUAGACGAUUCUCUUCCUACAAAUGAAUGUAACGACCUAAGUAAUGAAUUGAAUAAGGAAACGAACUUUGAAAAAUCUGAAAUACCUAAAAAAAUAAGUACAGAAUCGUCCAAAGAGUGCUCAAAUAACGAAUUGAAAUCUAAAUCAUGGAAAUCUGAUUUAUCUAGCACUCUAGGAGUAACCACGCGUAGCGCUAAAGCUGUUAUGUUAUUAGAAAAUUCAAACAACAAUGUUGAUUCGGAAAUAACAUCUAAUACCAAUACAAAACUCGAGGAAAUUUCAUCGUGUGAUAUGAAGAAUAUAAAACUAGAAGUUACCAAUCGUUAUUCUAACGUUGCUCUUAAUUCACAAAUUGUAACAGCUAAAGUAACUAUGUCCCGAACUUCUGAUAGUAAUAAUAGUAAUUCCCAGUCUGCCUCGGAUUAUAGUAGAGUAACAAGAUCUUCUGUGAAUCAAUCAAUGAUGUUAACAGCAAUCGAAAAUUCGUAUAUGCAAAAAUCUCAAAGACGUCGACCAGGCACACCAUCGUCAGAUUUAAAAUCACUUAGGCCGAUCACUAGGUCUACCGCGAUUAAUUCUUCAACGAAAAACGAUGAGCAUAUUAGUAAUAAAGCUUAUGAAAAACCAACGACGCGUAGCUCGAAGUCAUCUCUGGACAAUAAUGGUUUUUUAAAUCCUGUAGUGUUCAGAAGAAGUAGAUCCAUACCACCUAUGAAAUCAUCCACCACAGAGAGCAAUGAAUUAUCGUCUACUGCACAAAGUAAAGCUGUUCAAAAGAAAGUAGUUGGUAGUAGCGAGAGUACUAGUGGUAAUCAGAAACAUCGUCCAGGUACACCAGUGCCUACUACUGAAAAAAGUUCAUCCAGGGUGACUCGUUCUGGGCAGGUCGGUAUUUUAAAUUAUUUAAAGACACCAUCGACAUCAGCACCGGUGUUAAGAGGAAAUAGACACAUCAGAAAAUCAGAUUCUUCAUUGUCGAUAAAAGGAGCCUCGGAUGAACAGAAAAUGUGUGAGCAGCAAAAUUUAAGCACAGAUACGAAUGGUAAUGCGGUUGCUACAGAGGAAGCAUUUUCACAGGAGAAUGACCAAAUCAAAUUAACUUUUUCUGAAGUCAAAGAAAAACCUCAACGAACCGCUAAAGUUGUAGCUAUUCUUACAUUAGAUACGAGAAACAAUCAUAAUAUCAAAACGAAUAAUAGUAAAAAUUCGAAUUCUGCUACGAGCGAAUCGAAACAGUCAAAUAAGAAGAAUUCUGACAACAUUUUAGAGAUAUCAAACAAACGGCUAUCGAAUACUAUAUCAAACUUGAAAAACGAAGUAAAGCACAUUAAUGAGUCGACACAAAGGGAUGAGACGUCUAAUGUAAACAGUACUUAUUUGAAUUCUAACAAAACUGCUAAUGCAGCAACUAAUCCAUUAAAGACUAACAACACGGAAAAGGUUUCUUUGAAAUCUACUGUGAUCACUUUAGUCGGUAUAAACAAUGAUACAUUAACAGAAGUGACUUCGAAAAAGUCAAGAAAAAAAAUGAAACGUACACGAUUGACCUCCGCUAAUAAAUCAGGCCCUGUUUCCACAGAAAGUAAAAUUGGAGAUACAAUUUUAGAGACUUUUGAUACAGAGGAGUUACAAAUUCAACCGUUAAAGAAAUCUGUUCGAUUGCAAUCUCCUUCCAACCCUCCUCCUUCUCUUCUAAGCUCGGAAAAAGAGAAAACAACAAUGGAUAAGUUCAGUGGUGAUAAUUUAAUAUCAUCUUGAGUCUCACUGGAAUUUUAUUAUUGCUGUAACAUUUAGCAAUGCAUUUUUGUAUAUAAAAUAUAUACAUAAUAUGUUAGUCUAUCUACUACAUAAAAAAUCUGCCGUACGUAUUAAAAAAAUGCCUCUUUCGAGAAAUCUCAUAGAAAAAAUGGUGGCGAUACAGUACACGAGAAAGGUCAAGUUCUGUUCUUCUUCUCUUCUACUUCUUCUCUUCUACUUCUCUUUAUUACUUCAUCUUCUUCUACUUCUUCAAUUUUUCUUUAUUUCGAGUAGUCUUGUAUAUAUAUAUAUGUAUAUUGAAAGAGAUGUUCUUUUUGUUUUUUAUUAUUAUUAUUAUUACUCUUCUUCAAUUUCUUUUUUUGUAUCUUUUACUACUCAGGGGGCACACAUGUGUAAUAUUUUCUAGCAUUGUAAAUCGUGCCCUGCAUUGUAAAGAUUCGAAAAAAAAAGAAAGAAUGGAAAACGUUCGUACGGUGGUAUUGUAAUUUAUACAUUGAUAAUCUUAAGUAAGACGUUCAGGAACGAACAUAUAUACAUACAUGCAUACACGUAUACACACAGGACACACAAGUGUAUUAUAAUAGUUUAUAUAUAUUAGAGACACAGUAAAAAAGAAAAAGAAAAAACAAGCUGUUGUGUCGUGUAGCUUUUAGGAUUUAAACGGCGUUUGAGGAACAUUUUAAAAAAGAAAAAAAAAAGAUGUGGUGUCAAGUCUAAAAUGCAGUGAAAAAGAUUGUAGGAGGGGUUCAUGAUAAUUUAUUAAAAAAAUACGCGCCGUACUUCUGCUCUCAUAACAAAAAACAAACAAACAAAAAAGUAAAAAGAAAGAAAUACCUUGCGCCACAUAAAUCACGGCAAGGUGUGAUGACCUGAUUAUAUCUUAGCUGUAAGACUAAUUCUUCGUUUAUCAAUAUAUCCUUUUCUCCUCCAAUGUAAUACUUAAGUUGCGUGCCUGUUUUUUGUAUGAUCGAGUGCAUCCGAGAAAGGAUAAUAAACAAAGUAUUCCUUACUACGAAAUAAAAAAGCUAA